UUUCUGGUCUAGGAAGGAUAGAAGGUGACUACAAAAUCCGCCUGAAAGAGGAUGCUGUCCCCUAUGCCCUUACCCCCCCCUGCUCGGUGCCUAUCCCUUUAUUGGGCAGAGUAAAGGAAGAGUUGGGGAGGAUGGAAGAAAUUGGGGCGGUGUCUAAAAUAGAGAGUCUCACAGAUUGGUGUGCAGGGAUGGUGGUGGUCCCAAAAGCCAAUGGAGACAUAAGGAUCUGUGUGGACAUGACUAACUUGAAUGAGGCACUCUGCAGAGAGAGAGGCACUCUGAGCAGUCACUGGCUCAGUUGGAUGGCUCACAAGUCUUCACAAAGCUGGAUGCCCGCUCAGGUUUCUGGCAGAUACCGCUGUCAUCAGUGAGUAGGGCGCUCACAACGUUUAUAACACUGUUUGGCCGUUACUGUUUGAAUGUUUUGCCAUUUGGAAUCGCUUCCGGUCCUGAGCAUUUCCGAAGACGCUUGUCCCAGCUGUUGGAUGGGCUGAGUGGCGUCAUAGUCCACGCGGACGAUGUGCUCGUGUGCGGAAGGGACAGAGCAGAACAUGAGAACAAAGCACUGGCGCACAGCAGUUCUGACCAAACUCCAGGAGACUGGCCUGACACUAAAUAAAAAAUGCACUUUUGCACAGUCAGAGGUCUUGUUCUUGGGACACAAAAUCAGUGCAGCUGGAAUAGAGCCGGACCCGGAGAAGAUCAGCGCCGUCACAGAUAUGCCCAGACCCCAGAAUGUGGCUGAAGUCAGGACCUUCUUAGGCAUGGCCACAUAUGUGGGUAAGUUCCUCCCACAGUUUUCAGAUACAACCAAAUCCCUGAGAGACUUACUAGCCAAAGAGAAUGACUGGUCAUGGGGUCACAUGCAACAGGUGGCGUUUGACAAAAUCAAAGGAGACCUGGCCUCACAGAGAGUGCUGGCCCAGUACCGUCCCCACGCUAAGACAAAGGUAUCAGCAGAUGCAUCAUCCUUUGGGCUAGGGGCAGUCCUCACACAGAUGCAGGACAACAUGGAGUGGCGUCCAAUAGCAUAAUCUCCCGAAGCUUAUCUGACACAGAGCAAAGGUAUGCUCAAGUGGAGAAGGAGGCGUUGGCAUCACAUGGGCAUGUGAAAGACUCAACCAAUAUCUUAUUGGCCUGCAGUUUACAGCAGAGACUGACCACAAACCACUGUUGGCUCUGUUAGGGACAAAAGCACUGGAUGACUUGCCUCCCAGAGUUCUGCGCUUCUGCCCCAGAUUACUGAGGUUCACCUACAAGAUGGUGUAUGUGCCAGGGAAGGCACUGAUCACAGCAGAUGCACUCUCCAGGGCCCCAAUUAAAUGUCCAUUAUCAGAGGAGGAGCAAUGUCUAGAGGGUGAGGUACAGGUGUCCAUUAAUGCAAUAAGGGACAGUCUACCUGCAUUUCAGACCAAACUGCAGCAGAUUGCAGAGGAGCAACAACGAGAUCCCAUCUGCCGACAGAUAGUGCAGCAGUGCAAAAAGGUAUGGCCCGGGCAGGAGGAACUGCCUCAGCUGCUGAAGCCCUAUUGGGUGCACCAAAGUGACUUCCACUGUAAUGGAGACCUUCUCAUGAAAGGACAACGGAUAGUUAUCCCAGAGACUCUACGAGCAGAAAUGCUAGACAGAGUGCAUGAGGGACACAUGGGGAUAACCAAAUGCAGACUGAGGGCUCAACAGGUGUGGUGGCUUGGUCUGAGUACUCAGAUUGCCAAGUUGGUGGCCCAGUGUGAGGUCUGUACAAAAUGUCAACCUUGUCAUCCGGAGCCAAUAAUGGCAACGGAGCUGCCAAAACGGCCAUGGCAAAAGGCAAGGGGUCGCUGAGGUCCUGGUUACAGAUAACGCUCCCCAGUUCUCUGCAAGCUCCUUUUCUGUUUGUGCUGCAGAAUAUGACUUCACACAUGUGACCAGUAGCUCCUACCAUGCACAGAGUUAUGGUGAGGCAGAGAUAGCUGUGAAAACAGUCAAGGGACUGCUGAAAAAGAACAAGGAUCCAUACAGGGCUCUGUUAGCUUACAGAGUUACACCACUGCAUCAUGGGCCGUCUCCUGCCGAGCUCCUGAUGGGCAGGAGGCUGCGUUCCCCAUUGCCUGUCUCGCCGGCUCAGCUUAAACCCCGAUGGCCUAACAGGAAGGCCUUCGCUGAGAGGGACAAACGGCUGAAACAAACACAAACUGGAGACUUUAAUCGGAGACACCAUGCUACGGAGAGGCCAGAGCUGACCUAAGGUCAACGUGUGUGGAUUACAAACUCAAAGACACCAGCAAUAGUGCGGAGGAAAGCAGAUGCCCCACGCUCCUAUGUGGUGGACACAGGCUCAGAAGAGGUACGGAGGAACAGAACACACCUCAGAGCUCUUCCAGAUCUACCAGCCACACAGGCUGAGGCCACAGAAAAUGCACAAAAAGAGGGUGAAGGAGAGAGAAUGCUCACAGAGCCACAAGCGCGCCCAAAAAGGGAUGUGAAGCCACCAGAGUGGCCGAAAGACUAUGUUACGUGAAGAGAAAACAUACUGUUGGGGACCAUACCCAGCAAAAAGAGACUGUACCUAAGUUAAUGUUCAUACUGUGUGAUUUAAUGCUUUCAUACUGUUUCAGGAUGUGAAGUAGCAUGUUAGAGAAUAAUACUGGUUUCCAAAUUGCAUUUCAGUUAUGCUUCAGUGGUUAUGCAUGUUGAGUUCUUGUUCAUGGGAGAGGGGAAGAUGUAGUAGGAUGUCCCUUGGGGGUAUCCGUACCUAUGUAUGACAUGCAAAGGUUAGGUUAGUAAACAUGCUGGAGCUAGAACCUCGUUGUCGUGUGUCCUUAUUUUAGAUAAUACUACAGUCAACACUGCACUAGGACUGUUGUCCAAAACGGGUGUUAGUUGCAGAAGUAAUAAAUAAAGAAUACAAGUUGGAUUGGGAGACGUGAUGAAAGAUAGAUGAAAGAUGUGAUAAACAGAUAAUUGCAAGAGAGAACAAUGUCCAUGUCAAUCAAGCAUAUUUGUAACAAAGUCAAAGUUCACUGCCUGCCAUAAACAGCCGGUGGACACGUAUACACACUCCCUGAAAACGUUUCACAUUACAGGGUCAGGAACAUAGUUUGUUCAUGUAGACUCGAGCUGCUCUCUGGUAGAUUUAACAGCAAGACCCUAUUGACAUUGCCUGUGAUUUUGAGCAGUAGGCCUCUCUACCAGCCAGAGGACACAAAAUUCCAGGAGGACACAAAAGUACGAAAAUAUGCCUCCAAGUUUGACAGCUGCGCUGCAAGAGUGGGAAAGUCUAGAGAAAGAGUAUCAUCAGACUCAGGAGAGCCACCGGCUAUACUUGCAGAAACUAGAUGAAGUUUCCAAGCUGCAGAGUAAUUGCUCUUCGUCUAUCGCCCGCCAGCGGAGUAGACUGAAGGACAUGUCUCAGUUAAUGAAGAAAUGCAAUAAGGAGAGACUGACAGAGGAGGAUGUAAAAACCUUGGAUGAAAUCAAGGAGCACAUCAAGGCAAGACCCAACACUUUCUUUGAAAUGGAGGCUUUCCUUCCAAAGAAAAAUGGGCUGUAUCUCAAUCUUGUUCUGGGCAAUGUAAGCGUGACUCUUCUGAGCAAACAGUCAAAAUUUGCCUACAAAGAUGAAUAUGAGAAAUUCAAGCUGUACCUCACAGUUAUACUGAUCCUAUUCGCCUUCAUGUGUUAUUUCUUUGUGAGCUACAGAUUUGUUGACGCAAUCCUCAAUUUCUUGCUGGUGUGGUACUACUGCACCCUCACCGUACGGGAGAGCAUCCUCAUCAGCAACGGGUCCAGGAUCAAAGGCUGGUGGGUUUUCCACCAUUACGUCUCAGCCUUUCUGUCUGGAGUCAUGCUGACAUGGCCUGAUGGAUACCUGUAUCAGAAUUUCAGGAACCAAUUCCUCGCCUUCUCUUUGUAUCAAAGCAUGGUUCACUGUAUGCAGUACUACUAUCAGAGCGGCUGUCUGUACAGACUAAGAACCCUGGGAGAAAGACACAACAUGGACCUGACUGUGGAAGGAUUUCAGUCCUGGAUGUGGCAAGGGCUGACAUUUCUUCUGCCCUUCCUGUUUUUUGGUCAUUUUUGGCAACUCUACAACGGUCUCUCUCUGUUCAGGAUGGCUCGGCUCCCAGACUGUAAAGAGUGGCAGGUCUCAAUGUGUGGAAUCUCUUUCCUCAUUCUGUUCAUGGGCAACUUCCUCACUACUGUUGCAGUAGUCCGCACCAAGCUCAAGAGCAAGGACCAGGCAAAACCCAAGGGUCAGUGAGAUGAAGAGGAUACACAGAAACUGCAUCCACUGGUUCAUCCCAUAGGAGCAUCUCCGGAACAUUUCUAUAAUCAUGGCUCAUUUACUAGUGAUAGACGAUCAUGGGCAGUAUUCAAUGAUCCUCUACUUUGGUUGCUUUGGGGUUGCUACUGUUUGUGAAUUGGUUAAAUAUGAAGAUAGUUUCUGCUCAAUAUACUAAUGGCACAGCAUUUCAGCAUGUUUAUGGUGUGACUUAGACAUUUUAGAAAAAUGAAAAGGAUAGCAGAAUAGUCAGUGUGAUUGUGCAAUAACAUGGCCUCUUAUUUCUAAAAUAAUAAAUUAUAUACUGUGGACCUAUCUCAUACCCCAUCUUCAGAUGUGUGUGUGUGAGAGAUACCACAUGGCAUGA